AUUCACUCCUAAGGUUUAUUAUCAUGCCUUUUCUCUCUUUCUCUCAUUUCGAUAAUGGCGGAUUUGAUCUAGGUUUUUGAUUUAUCACAAAACACCGAUUCUCCGUCCUUAUUAUCUCCGUUGAAUAUUUAAUUCGCGAUAUUUUCGAUCUUGAUCGGAUUUUUCUAGAUCUUAGGAUCCGAUUCAGAGCGUCUAAUAAUUUUGAAAACAGAUGAAAAUGUGAGAUUUAGGGUUCUUAAUGAUUUGAUGUCAACGGAGACUUCUACAGAUGUGGUGCAAGCUUGAGCCUGAGGUUGCAGUCACUGUAAAGAGUAUCUUCAUUUAGUGAAUAAAAAUGUUGUUGGACAUGAUUCCAGUGAAACAUAGGUCUAUGGACCGUGGUCAGAGGUAUGGAAACUGAUGAGCAGUUUCUUUGGGUGAUGAUCUAAAUCUAAUCUGGAGUAAAAGAAAGCCGAAGACGUUUUGUGUAUAUUUUUGUAGAUAAUUAGGCUUUUUUUCUGAAAAGGAUUUGAUUGAUUGAUUAAUCAUAAUGGCUAUUGCUGGCCUGCAAAAUAUUCUGGCCAUCAAUUCAUCCUUCCCUCGGGACACUAGACAAAUGGAAACCGAAGGAAGACGUGCAUCCUCACUCCUACAGAUGUGGAGGGAACUUGAGGAUGACCACGUGACUGGUCAUCCCCGUGAGAGAAGGAGUGGCCCUUCUUCUCCUUCUUCUAUUGUCGUGAGAGGAGAUGACAAUAACAUUAGUGGACAUGAUGUCGGCAUAGAUAAUGUGAAUUUGGGUGAGAGUGGACUUGGUGGAUGCUCACCUACCCGAAGUCAUAACUCUAGUGACGAUCACAGCGAGCACUCUUCAGAUCUUGGGAUGGUUGAAAGGGAGAGAGUUAGGCAAAUCUUUCGUGAGUGGAUGAGCCCUGGGACUGGUGAACAAACUAAUGCUCCUUCCCCUACUACUAACGGCGCACGAGCAGAAUGGCUUGGUGAAACGGAACAGGAAAGGGUGAGGAUCAUUAGGGAGAUGGUUCAGAUGAAUAGCCAGCAGAGGCCUGUUCUUGGUGAUUCCAGGGAGGAACAACCUGCUGAAGUUGCUAACCAGAUUGAAAGAGUACUUGAUGGAAUGGUUGUUAAUGCGAACUGCACUCAGAAUGAGCAUGCUAGAAGAGGUAUACGCAAGUUAUGUGGUCGGCAAGUGUGGGUGGAUAUGUUGAAAAUGGCUGAGAGGGAAAGGCAGAGAGAGCUGCAGGGGUUGAUGCAGCAUCAUGCUGUGUCUAACUUUGCUCAUCGCAACCGCAUUCAGGCAUUGUUAAGGGGGAGAUUCUUGCGAACUGGUGUCAAGGAUGAUAAAGAGAAACCAUCAUCAUCUGCAGCUACUGAGUUGGGCUUUCUAAGAGAGAGGCAAACUGUAUCUGAGCUGAGGGAGGAAUUUAUAUCCAGACUGGACCGUUCUGUCUCCGGUCAAGCGAGCACUAGUCACUCGGAGACCUCAUCAGAUACUGAAACUGAUGAUAUUAGAGGUGAACAAAACGAAUUAAAUUGUCAAGAUAGCAUCAAUGAUGCACAUGGUGGUUCAGAUCAUAAUUGCAGAGAGGCUGACAACCAAAGUUCGUUGGAUGAAGUACCUGAUUCCAGACACUGUAAUAAUCGGAUCACAAGUUUGCAAGAAAGGACCGCACGUGUAGAAGGCUGGCAGGGGCAACUUCCUGAAGAUAUUCAAAGCGAGUGGCAACAGUCGAUCAGUGAUGAAAUUUCUCAAAGGAGAAUUGAUGCUGAAGCAGACCUGAUUAGCCAUCAAAGGGAGGAUGCAAAUAGGUGUUCAACUUCUUCUAUUCGAGGAGAUGAGAACAGACAAGACGGUCCCUUACAAGAGACUAGCGAGAUAUCUUAUGGACAGUCUCUGCAAAGUCCCGAAGAAAUUGUCACUACUGAACCGUCAAUAGAUCUCCAGGAGCAUCUGCCUGAGAACAUCAAUCUAACUUUCACCCUAGAGGAGCAGUCUGAAGAGGAGAUUCUGGAAAACGAAGAAUCCGAUUGGCAACUUAUCAAUGGUGAAUCCAGUGAAUGGAGAGAUGAUGCUGAAGAGGAGGCAGAUACAGAAGUUCCCGAGAAUUUUCCAAAUCAGUUGUCCCAGAUGUCAUCCGUGGAUGAGGACGGAGAAGCCCAUGGUCCUCUACAACCCACAGAGAUGCAGGGUGAUGAUUCUGAUCUUCAAAGCACACUACAAGACUGGUCUGAGGAACAUUCUGAUCAGGAGACGGUCUCAAUUGGAAGGGUUGCCACAUAUUUUCCUCAGGACGAUGAUAAUGGGAACAUGGAACUCAGAGAACUAUCGAGCAGGAGACGUGUUUCAAAUCUUCUGCAGAGCGGGUUUAGGGAAAAUCUUGACCAGUUGAUACAAUCUUACGUGGACAGGCGAAGCCGUGAUCCUGUCGACUGGGAAGAACACGAGACUUUCCCAGACCCUUUAUCAGUAGAUGAACACACAGAACAGCAAGCUGAUGCUCAGAGUGGUGGUGGUGGUCAAGAAGUUGAUGCUGUUGAAUCUCCUCCUUUAUCUCUACCCUCACCAAUGAUUCCUCUUCAGCCGUUCUGGGACCAUGAUCAAUCAAAUUCAAGCUGGCCGGCACAUGAUAUGCAUCAGCGCAUUGGAAUGCAGGAUUGGGACUCGAUCAACGAUCUGAGGAUCGACAUGGGAAGGAUACAUCAGAGGAUGGAUAACCUGCAGAGGAUGCUGGAGGCGUGCAUGGAAAUGCAGCUUGAGUUACAACGGUCCAUAAGACAAGAGGUUUCUGCCGCGAUGCACCGGUCAGCAGACUCAUCAGGUUCAUCAUCCAAUGACGCUGAGAGCUACGAGUCAAAAUGGGAAUACGUAAGGAAAGGGAUCUGCUGCAUAUGCUGCGAGAGUAACAUUGAUUCCUUAUUGUACAGAUGCGGACAUAUGAACACAUGCGAGAAGUGUGCAAAGAAGCUAGUGGAAGCUGGAGGAAAAUGUCCCAUGUGUCAAGCCCCUGUGGUCGAGGCAGUUCGUGCUUACUCUAUUCUCUGACCUCACUCUUAACUCUCAUUCUCUCUCUCCAGGCUCUGAUUCAAAUUGCUUAUCAGUCUGUGUUUUUACUGAUACGAAAUGUCUUUAUCUUUGCCGUGAUUUAUAGCUUAGAUAUAACUCUGAUUAACUCAGCUCCAGACACUUAUCAUUUUUAUACACCAAAGAUUCAAUAGAAACUGUUACAGAAAAU